CGAGACGCUCAAGUACAUCCGUUCGAUUGAUGAGGUACGGCACGAGAAUUGGCGCGUUAAUGGCCAACAAACAGCUAAUUUAACAGUAAAACUGGGCGCUGAACCUCUAGAAAUGACGGUGAACUGUUCAGUAAGUCACCAAAUGAAAGCACAGCUUAGCAGUAACAACUAACCAGCUCUCACACCGAGGGGACUGACCGUUAGCCAACACCUGCGGGGUUAGGUGGUCAGUUGUCCUAUUAAUUUAUAAAAUAAGUUAAACAAACAUGACGAACACGGUGUUAGAGGUCGGUACGGGCAUCUUCAUCAUCGCCUUGGUGUGGAUAGCAGCUUCUGUGUUCGGGUUGAUGCUGCUGAGAGCUUCUGGAUCAGCAAAAUUGGGUGUUAUCCCCCUGUUCCUCCUGGCUGUAACAAUCACUUUGGCCCUUAUAUUUUUCCCUCGGAGUCCGGAGACACCGACCCCUUUCAAAGAGAUCGAGAUUGUGGACACGUUGUUUAUCGGGCGUUACAUCCUCCUGGUGGUGGCGAGUCUUGUCUUUCUGGUGGCGUUCUUCAUGCUACUUCCUUUUCAUCUCCUGGAGCCGGUCCAUGCCAAGGCCUUGAGGACACACUGAAGCUGCCAGGUUCAGAGCUGGCACCGGGACCACGUCUUUAAUGUACAGAACUUAAAGACAAACAGCGCUGAAGAGAGGGGCCCCUUCACACGGGAACAAAAUGCACAAUUCAGGCCAAACACGAACAGCAGGAGGGACUGUGGAUGUUAAAGACUGGAUGUUUGGAGGGUCUUGGCUGUUUUUAAACUGCAAACACAAAAGAGAUAAUCAACAGUUUGUUUUUUUUGCUGUUACAUAUCAUUCCAAACAUGAGAUGAAUAAACUGUUUCUUUUUCUA